GGGGUGGGUGGAAAGCAGGCCUACUCCCGCACGGUUGCGCGGCUCGUUUCAGUUGCAAUGUACCCAGACGGUCACCUCCUUUUCCCCUCUGGGCCCGUUGUGCAGAUGUUGCGGCUGGAGGCCCAGGGGUUGGGAGGAGCGGCUACAUCCGCGGCGCUUUGUACCAAGCCGACAGGAUCCGGCACGCCACCACCAGCGAAUGUAGUGUCACCACAGGGAAGCACCAAGCUGCUAGCCAUCAAGGCACCACUUGAAUUUCCUAAAAUGUUGUCUUCUAGCUCUCUCCUAGCAUCAGCAAACAAAGGUGAGAGCAUAUCUAGUACUAACCUCGAGGAAGCUUCAAAACCUUCUACUGAAGACAAGAGGGUGUUCAUGUCAAGGAAAACUGUGGUUGCAUUUCCUCAGCGAGCAGCUGUUUCUUCCCUUGAGGAGGAAAACCUUACUAAACCUGCAAGAGAAGGAAGCUUGAGGAAAGAGCUGGUUGAGGAGGAAACUUCAUCCAGCUCAGAUUCAGAUUCUAGCUCAGAUUCUGAGGAAGAAAGUGACAAUGAUGAUUCAGAAGUUGCUGCGAAGACCAAAGUUGAGUUUCCUAGACGAGAUUUCAUCUUUUCGGGGGACAUAGCAGUAAAGGCAGCAAUGCUAGCCAAAGAGAAUUUGUCCCAGAAAUCCCACAAAGAAUACAUAGCUAAGAAGCAGCCGUGGAAAACAGAAACUGAUGUGUCUGCUAUCAAACAGGCCACGUUUUCUAAAACGUCAGUCAGCCAUGAAACAUCAAAAUCCAAAGCAAGAGACCCCAAAGUAAAAUCAACUCCAAAAGAAGCAGGUCAGCAGAAGCUGGUCUUAAAACCACGUGUGGUUGAAAGCCAAGACCUGACUGAUAUCACUCGUAAAUCUAAAUAUUUGGAGGAAAAGUCCAUUGGAACCCAAGUAGCAGCUAUUCAGCUGAAAGCUUCAUCACUGACUCAGGAAGACAAAAAGCAAAAACUGGUGUCCAGAGAAGAAAAAAAGGUGAAAACACAGGAGCCAGAAGCAGGAGUAACAUCUCCUGAACUAGAAGAGACUUCUGAAAGCACAAUGUUGGUGAUGAGUACCACAGCAAAGGAGGAGACCAUUCAGGAAGCAGGAGUCCAGACUGGAGAGAAAAGCACAAUAGAGGAGACCAGAGCAACUGGUGAGCCUGCUCCUGAAGAAUUCGAUAACUCCACCUACAAGAACCUUCAGCAUCAUGAAUAUAACAUUUAUACCUUUGUCGAUUCUCUUGCUGUUCUUUCAAAAUUCAGGCAACCUCAGCCAUCUUCUGGAAGACCAUCACCAAGGCACUGAAAGAACCCCAUUUAAAACAAAUGCCCAGGCAGAAUCAUAGAUUGUCCUUUUUAGCACUGUUGCUUCAUCUGUAUUAUAAAUCAGAUAAUAAAUAAUUCAUAAAUGCGUGAUAA